AGUGUUGAAUGGAAGAGUAGAAUGAGAUCUGAUUGUUGGCUUACUUCAAAUGCCAGCUUAGCAGAAGGCGUUGACAUUUUUAUCGUAUAUGCUCUUCGUCUCUGCCGGUGAUGGCAAUCGGCUGAGAAAUUACACUGGCAGAAUUUGAAAUUCAAGUAUAACCAAAUUUCUUUCUUCUCUCUUCCAUUCCAUUUCAGUCCCUGAUAUGCAAUCGUAAAACCCAAUUUUUUUUCUAUCAGUUUUUGUGUCGGUGUGUUGUAGCGGCAAAGGGACUCGAAUUGAGCUACCUGAUAUAUAUAUAUAUAUAUAUAUAUAUAUAUAUAUAUAUAUAUAUAUGGCUUACAGGAGAAAACAGCAGGUUCCUAAGGUUUCUACUCCGCCACCCCUUCCCGAUGAGAGUUCGUCUUCAUCAUCUGCUUCUUCUCUGGCUGCUAAGGCCAUAAGAGCAUCCUCCGCAUACAAAGACUCUUCUCUUUCCUCAGCAUAUGGUCAGUCAGCUCUUUCAUCUCCUCACCACUCAAAUCCUUUACGAUCUUCUGCUCCGGUUUCAACUGCAUCAUUACCAUACAAAGACUCUUCUCUCUCCCCCAUCUAUGGUCAAUCAUCUCCUCGCGACUCAAAUCCCUUACGAUCUUCUGCUCCGGUUUCAACAGCUAAGGAUUCGUCCAUCUAUGAGUAUACAUCAAUGAAAAACUUGAGUGAAUCCAAACAAGGUAUUUGGGGAGUAUUGGCUAGGAAAGCAAAAUCUAUUAUUGAUGAUAAUAAUACAGACCAACCACAUCUAAGUGAAGUAAGCACAAGAAUGCAGCAUAUGCCUGAUAAUGCAACCAUUGGUCAGCAAUAUGACAGAAAACAGUUGCCUGAAAGCCGUAGAAAAGCUGAGGGCCAUAAACUACAGAAGGGAUUAGAUGCUCUUGCAUCUUCCCUUAAUUAUAUUGGCGGGACCAUUGGAAAUGCUUUUGAGGAGGGUCUUGCAGUUAUGGAGAAUCGUACGGCAGAUAUCAUUCAGGAAACCAAGAAGCUGCAAAUAAGGAAAAAAGAUAGCAGCUCUAUUCCACAGAAUAAUGCUUCAAUGAGUGGUACACAUCAGCAACCUCUGUUGCGGGCCCACAUGCAACCCCAGACACAGGCUGAUUUGGAAACUCAACUCAAGGCAUCUCGCGACGUUGCAAUGGCAAUGGCUGCAAAAGCAAAGCUUAUUCUUCGGGAGCUGAAGACUGUGAAAGCUGACCUGGCUUUUGCUAAGGAACGUUGUGCACAGCUGGAAGAAGAAAACAGAAUUCUUCGAGAGAGUAGUGAAAAGGGCGGAAGUCCUGAAGAUGAUGAUUUGAUAAGGCUCCAGCUCGAGACACUUUUGGCAGAAAAGGCUAGGUUGGGUCAAGAGAACUCAGUCCUAACACGGGAGAACCGAUUCUUGAGGGAGAUUGUUGAAUACCACCAGCUCACUAUGCAGGAUGUUGUCUACCUCAAUGAAAAUAGUGAAGAGGUGACUGAAGUGUACCCCAUAAAGGUUGUAAGUUCACAAGUGACCAAGGAUAACUCAUCUCCUGUGUCAUCCUUAGAGACGAAGUAUGUUUCGUGUGAUAUCACCUCUCUGAGCUCUUUCAUCCAAACUCCUGCUGAAGAUGAAUUAGGAAGACACUGAUUUCCAGUUGCUGGAUGUAUUGCUUUGAUCUUCUCCAACCGAAAGUGUGAAUGGGUGUUCAGUGUGAAUUCUUUUGGUUGAGCCUGGUCAUCCUGAAACUUAAUAUGUAUUGAACUUUCUUUUAGCUUAUUUUUUGGUUUAUUUUCUUGGUAGGAUAGUCAAAUGCACUGGGGUUGGGGAGAACAACAUGAAUUGUGGCUUGUUUAGUUAUGCUGUAAGCUAGCUGGUUCUCACUGCAAUGAUGUGGAGGUCUUCUAUCAAUGUAUAUUAAAAUGAAGAAUUGAUAUGAUGUUUCUUUAAUACAGAAGUCUUUUAUGUUCUUUAA